AUGUGGAAACUCAAAGUCUCAGAGGGGGCCUCCGACGACCCAUGGUUGAGUUCCGCUUACAACUUUCUCGGCAGGGCAGUUUGGGAGUUUGAUCCUGAUCUAGGCACAACGGAGGAACGCGCCGAGGUCGAGAGGGUGCGCAAGGAAUUCAGUGAGCACCGCUUCCAGAAGAGAGAGUCCCAGGACCUCCUCAUGCGUAUGCAGUAUGCAAAACAAAAAUAUGUUGAGAUGGAUGUUCCGGCCAUCAAGCUUGCAGAAACGGAUGAAGUUACCAAAGAGAUUAUAGAAACAUCACUGCGCCGAGUCCUCACUCAACAUUCAAGUCUCCAGGCACCUGAUGGGCAUUGGCCAGCUGAAUACAGCGGAGUUCUAUUCGUUAUGCCUAUCAUGGUAUUUGCUCUAUAUGUCACUGGGUCGCUCGAUUCUGUCUUGUCUACAGAACAUCGACAUGAGAUAUGUCGCUAUCUUUAUAACCAUCAGAAUGAAGACGGCGGCUGGGGCACACAAAUUUUGGGACCAAGCACCAUGUUUGGCUCAUGCUUAAACUAUGUUACCUUAAGACUCCUUGGCCAGGCAUGUGAAAAUGAUGCAUUGACUAAAGGACGUGCAUGGAUUUUAUCGCAUGGAGGUGCAUCUGCUAUACCUCAAUGGGGAAAGAUAUGGCUUUCGGUGAUCGGUUUGUAUGAUUGGUCCGGCAACAAUGCCAUGAUCCCCGAAUUAUGGAUUAUCCCGUAUUUUCUACCAAUACAUCCAGGACGAUUUUGGUGCUUUUGUCGCUUAGUUUAUGUGCCGAUGGCUUACCUAUAUGGUAAGAAAUUUGUUGGGACACUUACUCCAACAAUAUUGGCACUAAGAAAGGAGCUCUAUAGUGAACCAUACAGCAAUGUCGAUUGGAUUAAAGCUCGUCAUACUUGUGCUAAGGAAGACCUUCGUUUCCCACAACCCUGGGUUCAAACUGUUGCCUGGACAUGCAUUAAUAAAAUUGUGGAGCCAAUGUUUAAUUAUUGGCCAUUUACUAAGAUAAGGGAUACAGCAUUGGAUGAACUGAUGAAGCAUGUCCACUAUGAAGAUGAAACUACUAAAUACAUUGGCGCCUGUCCAGUAAACAAGGCACUAAAUAUGAUCUGUUGCUGGAUAGAAAAUCCUAAUUCAGAUGCUUUCAAGAAGCAUGUUCCAAGGAUCUAUGAUUAUUUAUGGCUUGCGGAAGAUGGCAUGAAAGCAAAGGCAUACGAUGGUGUUCAGUGCUGGGAAGCUGCCCUUAUUGUACGGGCAUAUUGCUCCACAGAACUUGCAAAAGAAUUUGGUCCAACACUUUCAAAAGUUCAUGAUUUUCUUAAAAAUUCACAGAUUCGUGAAGACCAUCCUGAUUACAAAACUUAUUACCGACAUAGAUCUAAAGGCUCAUGGACACUUUCCACAUCAGAUAAUGGAUGGUCUGUAUCAGACUGUACUGCAGAGGCACUUCAGGCACUGCUAUUGCUAUCAAAGUUACCACCAGAACUAGUUGGGGAACCAAUACAAGGACAGCGGUUGUAUGAUGCAGUGGAUUGCUUGGUAUCUUUUAUGAACAACGACGGGACAUUUUCUACAUACGAGUGUAAAAGAACGUCAUCCUUGUUGGAGCUUCUCAACCCUUGUGAGACUUUUGCAAACAUUAUGGUUGAUAAUCCAUGCGUUGAAUGCACAUCAUCUGUUCUACAAGCUUUGGUUACAUUCAGAGAUCUGUGUCCAGGCUACCGCAAGGAUGAGAUAGAAAAUUGUGUCAAAAAUGCAACAAAGUUUAUUGAAAACGAACAGCAACCGGAUGGCUCAUGGUUCGGUACUUGGGGUAUCUGUUUCAUCUAUGGGACACUAUUUGCAGUAAAAGGACUAGUGGCAGCUGGAAAAACAUACAAAAAUAGUUAUUCAAUCAGAAAAGCAUGCAAUUUUCUUUUAUCGAAGCAGUUAAGUACUGGUGGAUGGGGAGAAACAUAUCUUUCAAGUGAAACUAAGAUUUAUGCAGAGGCAAGCAGUCCUCAUGCUGUCAACACUGCUUGGGCAAUGUUGGCUUUACUAUAUGCUGGACAGGUUGAAAGAGAUCCAACACCAUUAUAUCAUGCUGCAAAAGAAUUAAUCAAUAUGCAACUGGACUCUGGCGACUUUCCACAACAAGAACAUGUUGGAGUGUCUAACCGUUACAUGUACUUCAAUUAUGGUAACUACCGAAACCUGUUCCCUAUUUGGGCUCUCGGAGAGCUUCACCGCCAAUAUGUUGAAAGGAAGAUAUGUAACUAA